GCCUCUAAACUUUUGAGAUUUGGCCCAGGAUGGAGGUUUUACAGAAUGGGAACCGGGGAGGACUCCAGGGUUCAGGCCUCGUCUGCGGACUCCUCGAGGCUCCGAGUACCCCGCGUCAUCAGCUCGGGCCGCUUCCCUCCAGCCCUGCACUUUCCCUCCAGUUAGGUUUUUCCCCUCCAAGGCCUGUCCUCCAAAUGAAGGGGGGCGGGGAGGGGAUCACCUGCCAGAAAGUCUAGGGUGCCGGGGUCUGCCCCAAGACUCCAGUCUCCGUCCCAGGGUCCAGGCCCCGCCCCCCAGCUUAUCCCUCGCCGGGGCUCCCCCCGUGGGAACGGGGACCAGCUGGCCGGAAGCACCAAACUGCGUCCCCGUCCGAGCCCCUGGGGAUCAAUCAGGCCGAGGAGUUAAUUAUGUAAUGAGGGGGCAGGGGGUCGGGGUUAAUGAAGCCGCCCUGGGAGGGGUGGGGAGGGUGGUUGGGACGGUACCCAGGUAUCCGGCCCCCUCUUGGACCCCAUCGAGGCCCCAGGGGUCUCCACCUCAGCCCAACUCCAGGGCCCCAAAGAGGGGAGGGGCUGUGAUCCUGGGUCUGGAAGGGGCUGAGCUGUGAGCUAUAAAGGGGACAUCUCUCAGCACUGGGGGACUCUAGGAAGCAGGACCUGAGGCCAGAGGGAACUACAACAUGUACCAUCCACGGGAGUUGUACCCCUCCCUGGGGGCCGGCUACCGCCUGGGGCCACCCCAGCCCGGGGCUGACUCCAGCUUCCCGCCUGCCCUGGCAGAGAGCUACCGCUAUCCCGAUUUGGACACCCCAAAACUGGAUUGCUUCCUCUCUGGAAUUGAGGCUGCUCCCCGCACUCUGGCUGCACCCCCACCUCUGCCCCUUCUGCCCCCAGCCAUGGGCACUGAGCCAGCACCGUCAGCCCCAGAGGUCCUCCAUUCACUCCCUGGGGUCAGCCUGAGCCUGGAGAACCGGGAGCUGUGGAAGGAGUUCAGCUCUGUGGGGACAGAGAUGAUCAUCACCAAAGCUGGGAGGCGCAUGUUCCCUGCUUGCCGAGUAUCAGUCGCCGGGCUGGACCCCGAGGCCCGCUACCUGUUUCUUCUGGAUGUGGUUCCAGUAGAUGGGGCUCGCUACCGAUGGCAGGGCCGGCGCUGGGAGCCCAGCGGCAAGGCGGAGCCCCGCCUGCCCGACCGUGUCUACAUUCACCCCGACUCUCCUGCCACUGGCGGUCACUGGAUGCGGCAGCCUGUGUCUUUCCAUCGUGUCAAGCUCACCAACAGCACGCUGGACCCCCAUGGCCACCUGAUCUUGCACUCCAUGCACAAGUACCAACCCCGCAUACACCUGGUGCGGGCAGCCCAGCUUUGCAGCCAACACUGGGGGGGCGUGGCCUCCUUCCGCUUCCCCGAAACCAUAUUCAUCUCCGUGACAGCCUACCAGAACCCACGGAUCACACAACUGAAGAUUGCAGCCAAUCCCUUUGCCAAAGGCUUCCGGGAGAACGGCAGAAACUGUAAGAGGGAGCGAGAUGCCCGUGUGAAGAGGAAACUGCGGGGCCCAGAGCCAGUAGCCACAGAGGCCUAUGGGAGUGGAGAAGCACCAGGUGGUCCCUGUGACUCCACCCUGGGUGGGGACAUUCGUGAGACAGACCCGGAGAAGGCCCCAGCACCCCGGGAAGCUGCCCCUGCCCCAGUUCCUCCAUGCAGUGGCCCCAGUGCUGAAGCCUACCUCCUGCACCCUGCGGCUUUCCAUGGGGCCCCCAGUCACCUUCCAACCAGGAACCCCAGCUUCCCAGAGGCUCCAGACUCUGGGCACCCAGCCCCCUACUCAGCAGCAUUCCUGGAGCUACAGCCAGGACCAGGGGGCUCAGGGUACCCAGCAGCUCCCCCUGCAGCGUCCUUUGCCCCCCACUUCCUCCAAGGGGGCCCCUUCCCCCUACCGUACCCUGGGCCUGGGAGUUACCUGGAUGUGGGCUCCAAGCCAAUGUACUGAGCCACUGCCGGGCCCCUCAGCCUCCCUCCAUCUCCCAUCACAAACCUCCAGUUCCCUUCCCCCAGCCCUGUAGCCCCCUCACUUCCACUGGCCCCAUCCCCCACACCAAAUGGCUGCCUUGGCCCUGCCCCCCAUCCCCCCACUUCACACCUUGAUUUCAUUCCCACCCCCCUCUGGCUUCAAAGCUCAGGCUGGGCUGCUGGGAGUCCAGCUGGGGCCAGCUUCCCCUUCCCAGCUCUCACCUCCGUGUGAAUGGAGGGGGGCUCUGCCUGGCCAAAUGGGGCCCACAGACCAGCAUCCCCACCUCCUGGGCCUCCUCAUCACCACUCGUGCAAGCCGCACCAGUCUGUUGUUCUCAGGGCCGGAGUAUUUUUGUUAAUAAAACUCAAAAAGACAUCAGUGCUCAGGAAA